GGUUUUUUUUUCCUCCUUUGAUUUGGUUGAGAACUUUGCUGCUUUAGGGUGAGAAGGAUUGUUGCAUUCCUUGCCUCCUUGGUAUCAGAGUGAAGGGUCGAACAAACAUUCUAACAAGUGACUUAGUUUGUAUUGUUGGUUUCAGUUUGAAUCGUUUGUGGGAGGUUGGUUACACUUAACUGAGUCUUCACUCUUCUGUAUUUCAAUGUUUGCUGUUGCUUUCCCCCUGAAACGGUGGAUUUCGAGGGGAGCAACCGCGACCCACAGCAUUUAAAAAGCGGUCAUUUAAGCGGGAGUUUCGAUAAUGAACUUCGUUUCCUGAAGUGGGCUUUUGCGAGUGCGAAAUGGGUUGUUCGAGCUCUAGAAGCGAGAAGAAUGAGGCGCUUCGGCUCUGUAAGGAGCGGAAGCGAUUUAUCAAGCAAGCCAUCGAUUCUAGGUGCUCUCUUGCGGCUGCUCAACUCUGUUACGUUCAAUCUCUCCGAAACAUUGGUAUUGCUCUUCGGCGAUACGCAGAGGCCGAGGUAUUGAUGGAAUCAUCCCUCUCUACUUCUGCAACUGAACUUGAUAAAACCCCUUCUCACUCCUCGUACCCAUCUCCAUCUCCUUCCCACAUUGCUGAGACUUUGGAUUCACCACUACACAACGAAUGUCCCCUUUCACCUCCAGUCUCCAACUUGAGUUACAUGAGAUUGGGAGGAACUACUGCAGUGUCUGUUAGUAUUAAUCCGUCCUUGAAUAGUUUUGUGGAGGACGAGGAGUCCCUGAACUUCCCCCUACCCCCGCCUCCCCCUCCACCCGGGGUCAGCUUUUCGUGGGACUAUUUUAAUCCUGGUGAUGAAGCAGAGAGCUUCAGGUUUAUUGCUGAGACUGGAUUCGAUAGGAAUUUCUACAUGUCUGAGUUGAGACAGUCCAGGGGAGAGGAAGUUGUUCCUUUUAUUGAUGGGGCAGGGGAGAAAUUGGAGAAGAACGAUUCAAAAAGGAACGGUGAAAUCUUUACAGGAUCAGUAAAGCCAGAAUCUGAACAGACGCAUGAAACUUGUGGUGAUUCAGCAGCUCCAUCUCAAAGUAAAUCUACCGACAAAUGGGCAAUGCCAAAUGCAGGAUCCUUCAAUGGUAUUACCUCGGAAGUACAAUCAAUAGAGCCAGAGAAAGGGUUAUCUGCAGAUAGGGAGGAUCCUUCUGAGUUCAUCACCCACAGAGCUAAAGAUUUUUUGUCGAGCAUAAAAGAUAUUGAGCAUCGUUUCCUCAGAGCAUCUGAAUCUGGCAAGGAGGUCUCCAGAAUGCUUGAAGCAAAUAAAAUCCGUCUCAGCUGUUCUGAGCCCAAAGGGAAUUCACCUCACUCUGUACUUACGGCAGCCUUUGAGCUAGUUUGUUGCUGGCGUGAAAACACACUUGUCACUGAUGAAACUCCAAAACAUACAACAAAAGUUAUUACUUGGAACCGGUCAAUAUCAUCACAAUCAUCUUCGUCUAGGAAUCCUCUUGCAAUGACAUCAAAAGAUGACAUUGAUGACAGUGGGAGUGAAGUUCUCGAAGAGUUUUGCAUGAUCUCGGGGAGCCAUUCCUCCACCUUAGACCGACUGUAUGCAUGGGAGAGGAAACUAUAUGAUGAAGUUAAGGCUAGCGAGUCCAUCAAGAAGGUGUAUGAUCAGAAGUGUGACCAGCUCAGGCACCAAUUUGCUAGGGAUAUGAGCCCCAAAGUGAUUGACACAACUCGGGCAGUCGUAAAGGAUCUCCAUUCAAGAAUAAGAGUGGCUAUACAUGCAGUUGAUUCAAUAGCAAAACGAAUUGAGAAAUUAAGGGAUGAAGAGUUGCAACCACAGCUUGUAGAGCUGAUACUGGGAUUGAUCCGGAUGUGGAAAGCGAUGCUUGAAUGCCACCAUGCACAAUAUAUUACAAUUUCACUUGCCUACCAUUCAAAGAACUCAACACUAGGGCCUGGGCGGGGCGAUUCUCACAGGCAGGUGUUGGCUCACCUCCAACUUGAGAUUGAGUGCUUUGGCUCAAGCUUUGCAGACUGGAUUGAAGCUCACAGAUCUUAUGUAGAAGCUCUCAAUGGCUGGCUCCAAAACUGCAUUUUACUACCUCAAGAGCGCUCCAGGGUAAGGAGAGGCUUCUGCCCCCGUCGGGAUCUGGCUCCACCUAUUUUUGUUCUGUGUCUCGACUGGUCAGCUAAGAUCAGAACCUUGCCAUCUGGAGAGCUUACUGAUGCCAUCAAAGCCUUAGCAUCUGAUGUACGCAAUUCAAUGGAGCAGCAGGUGGAGGAUCAACAAAAGAAAAAAGAGUCCCAAGAUUCAGAUAACAGUGGUGGAUCAGAAAAUAGGGAGUCUGAGAAGCAUGAAAAUAAUUCAAACCUGAGCUGCAUUCACUCAGGUUUGAUGAAGGCACUUGACCAACUGACCAAGUUUGCAGAGACUUCCCUGAAAAUGUAUGAAGACGUAAGGAAGGAAAGUGAUGCAGCAAGGAUUGCAUAUACAAAUUGCAGGACUAUUUGACUGUGAGGAAAGGUGUUGUAAUUAAGUUACAGGGGCAACAAACCUCAGACAAUUAUUUGAAUAAAGUAAUGGGUUGAUUU